AUGCUUCUUAUAAUCGCGAGUCGUCCGCGAAACGUGUGCUUUCAAUCUGUGUACGCGAUUGAAAAUUCGAAAAAUUACUUGCAGAAUUAUCCCAUGAUCGAUCACUGUUACGAUGUUGUGAUCGUCGGCGCUGGGGGUGCAGGAUUAAGGGCAGCGUUUGGUUUAGGAAGUAAGGGAUACCGGGUAGCAGUAAUCACAAAGUUAUUUCCGACGAGAUCUCAUACAGUGGCGGCCCAAGGUGGGAUAAACGCUGCAAUUGACACCGCGAAAGAGGAUAGCUGGCUGUACCAUAUGUACGACACUGUUAAAGGAUCUGACUGGUUAGGGGAUCAAGACGCGAUUCACUUUUUAACAAGAGAAGCACCACGCGCGGUCUUCGAACUUGAAAAUUUUGGCUGUCCCUUCAGCCGCACGGAGGAUGGAAAGAUCUAUCAACGAGCGUUCGGCGGUCAAUCAUUGAAGUUCGGUAAGGGUGGUCAAGCGCACAGAACAUGCGCCGUCGCGGACAGAACCGGCCACGCAUUGUUGCACACCUUAUACGGGCAAUCUCUCCGUUACGAAGUACAUUAUUACGUCGAAUACUUCGCCCUUGAUCUUCUAAUGCACGGCCAGUGCUGCAAGGGCGUUUUGGCAUGGGAACUAGAGACCGGUCUUCUGCAUCGGUUUCGAGGUCACCAUACGAUAAUAGCAACAGGAGGAGCAGGAAGAUGUUACUUGUCUUGCACAGCAGCGCACGCCUGUACAGGCGACGGAAUGGCAAUCGCGUCCAGGGCGGGAUUGCCGCUUCAAGAUAUGGAAUUCAUCCAGUUCCAUCCAACCGGAAUAUACGGAAGCGGGAUACUGAUUACGGAAGGCAGUCGGGGCGAAGGCGGGAAGCUGUUCAAUUCCCAAGGAGAAUUCUUUAUGGAACGAUACGCGCCGAAUGCGAAGGAUCUUGCAUCCCGUGACGUGGUCUCGAGGGCAAUAACCAUGGAAAUAUUCGAGGGAAGAGGCGUCGGUGCCAAAAGUGAUCACGUCUACCUGCAACUGAAUCAUCUACCGGUGGAGACGUUACGCACGAAGCUGCCCGGAAUUUCGCAUUUGGCAUGGGUGUUCGCCGGCGUGGACGUGGAAAAAGAACCGAUUCCAGUUAUACCGACGAUGCAUUACAAUAUGGGCGGUAUACCGACCAAUUGGCGAGCACAGGUCCUGACGCGGGAAGACGAGGAGGACAAGGUAAUCGAAGGACUCUGGGCCGCUGGUGAGACCGCGUGUGCCUCUGUUCAUGGCGCCAAUCGGCUGGGAGCGAACAGUCUCUUGGAAUUGGUUGUCUUUGGCAAGGCGAUCGCUGAUCAGAUCGAUUGUAUGAGCAGGCCCGGUGAACGCCACGAAGAUCUAUCUUCUGCUAUCAGCGAACAAUCUGUUUGUCGCUUCGACGCGACCCGUCACGCGAAGGGCUGCUUUCCCGUCGCCGAGCUCCGCGAUGAGAUGCAAUAUAACAUGCACCGAUAUUGCUCGGUGUUCCGAACCUGCGACGUGUUGCAGCGAGGAUGCCGCGAGAUGAGUCGUCUCUACACCUGUGACUUACCGGACAUAUGUGUUCAGGACCAAUCGUUAAUUUGGAACACAGAACUCGUUGAAGCCAUAGAAUUACAAAACAUGAUGCUUUGUUCCAUGCAUAUUGUGUACGCGGCGGAGAACAGGAAAGAGUCCAGAGGAUCGCAUGCACGGGAUGAUUUCAAGGAGAGAAUCGACGAAUACGACUACUCCAAGCCAAUCGAGUCUCAGCAAAAACGUCCAUAUAGUGAACACUGGCGAAAGCACACCCUCACGUGGGCUCGGGAGGACGGAGCGAUCAGCAUUUCCUAUCGACCCGUCAUCGAUGCGACACUGGACGAGGACGAAGCACAGCAUGUUCCCCCAACGAUUCGAGCGUACUGA